CUCUCCGCACGAACCUUAUGGCCGCAGGCUUGUCUGUCCCCUCACCACCAGACACUGUUGACAGCCCAGGGCAGCCUUGCGGAUGUACAAACAUCCAGACUAGAAUUGUUUCCACCAAGCGCAGCAUCCGCUGAUGUUUCAUCGCUGAUCAUGUACGGUACAGCGUCACCACGGCCACUCUCCUACGCCCCUACGCCAUACUCAUACACGCCCACAAACACCCUCUCCGCACGAAUCAACCUCGACGAGGAGGUGAAACUUGCAGAUUCUGCGGCGGAGCGUGACCUGAUUGAUUCUUUGGCGGAAAUCUACAGUAUCAUCCGCACGAUCGAUGGCCUGGAAAAAGCAUACAUCAAAGAUGCGCUUCCUGAAAAUGAGUACUCAGACAUGUGCUCGAAGCUGCUCAAGCAAUACCGCUCGAUCCUCAACGAUGAGAACGUAUCCCGCGAAUUCGUCGACUUGGACACUUUUACACGCAAAUGGGACAUUGAAUGCCCUCGAGCAAAAGAGAGAUUAAGAGUCGGUCUUACAGCGGACGAGGUGCUCACCGUACAAAAGGCUGCGCCUGGCUCCACGGCUCCAACCACAAUCGCUUCAGGAAGUCUCAUUCUUAAUGCCACCGAGAACUUCAUCACCUUUCUGGAUGCACUGCGAUUGAACAUGGUCUCCAAGAGUGCCCUACAUCCACUACUUUCAGAUGUCAUUCAGUCAGUGAACAAAGUGACUGACCAAGAUUUUGAGCACCGUGGCAAGAUCAUACAGUGGCUCAUCACCCUCAAUCAGAUGAAAACGUCGGAAGAGCUGAGCGAUGAUCAAGCACAUGACCUGGCGUUCGAUAUGGAACAGGCAUAUAAUGGUUUCAAGUCAAUAAUACACUGAAGUCAGAUCAGUCUCCGCAGAACAGUACGCCGUCGGCACACCCAUGGCCGCAACCCCUGCGCGCCUUCCCAGCUCAUUGUUGAGGCCAACGCCUGGAUGACAAGAGCCUGGAACACCCAACGUCGUUCUAUUGGGACUGGAGACUUUGAAAAACAACAACAGCGUCCCGAUCAGGACAGAAGCUUUCACCACAGUCGUCUGGCUCCAAUCGCUUACAUGUCAAUUUAGUGGGAGCGAACUAUUCCGAGGCCUGUCUGGAUGUCUUCGCUUGACGAGGACAGUAUUGCAGUCCAUCGACUCACACAUUGAUCAUUUUGUACGAAACUCCAGAAUGCUGUCAAUACUAUUGAUA